AAUCUUUGAACGGAAGCGGAGCCGACAGUCCCACAAUCCUUUGCAGAGUCGUGUUUUGGUAUUGGGGCUGAAAUGCGAAAGUAACUCAAAAGCAAGAAAAGCACAGAAGAGAUUAGAUACAGAACCUACUCUUUGACCUCGCCUCGACUUCAUGUGACGAGAGAUGGCCCCACGGAUUGAUGAUGUGAUGCGACUGUGUUGUGAGUUAUCAGCCCAUGAACAGAUUAAGGUUGCAGUGAAGAACUCCGCUAAAGGUGCACUGGUGACUGGAGGCAGUGCUUUUGUUGGAGGCCUAUUGGCUGGACCACCGGGACUUGCUGUUGGUGGUGCAGUGGGUGGUCUGUUGGGCUGCUGGAUGACCAGUGGACAGUUCCGGCCUUUGCCUCAGAUCCUGAUGGAGCUGCCCCCUGCUCAGCGGGACAGACUUUACCAGGACAUAGUGGCCAUCCUGGGCAAUCUGGACUGGACAGACGCAGCCCAGCUCAUCGCCCUGGUCAUGGGCAACGCAACACUGCAGCAACAGGUCACAGCAGCACUCCUUAACUAUGUGACUAAAGAACUGAGGGCUGAGGUGCACUACGGUGAAUGAAAUGACACUUCAAGUGUAAAGCUUCAAUCAUUCAAAGAUGUGCCUUCAGUUAGUAAUAGAAUUAUUUUUGUACUACAGAAAUACAUGUCAUGGCAACAUGUCAGCAUCUCAUCAUAAAAAGGUCAAACUAAAGCUCAUUUCAGUGAAAACAAGUUUUUACAGAGGGAUACCGGUACUCUGUAUCAGGGUGAUAUAUUCCGAUUGAAAUAAAACAUAAAAUAAAAUUA